AUGACUGUAACAACAAAAUCUACAGUUUUUUUAACCACGACUACAACAUCAACGACAACAACGGCAGCGACAACCGCAGUCACAACAACAACAACGAUUACCACGCCAUCUACUAGCACAACAGCAGCACCAACAACCACAGAACCCCUCGCAGAAUCUUACCAUCUUUUAGCCGUAUUUGUUACCGCUCUGUUUAUAGCGACAAUCCUAUUAAUUGCCAAAGUUAUCGCGAGUCAUAACAGUAAAAGGUGGAGCAUUUUUCCUGCGGCACUUUUGCUAAAUUAUUGA